UUGCACGAGAUUCGAAUGGCUCUCAAACAGCUUAAAAACAACAGGGCACCGGGUGAUGAUGGAAUAACGGCCGAGCUACUGAAGGCGGGUGGAGAACCGAUCCUUAGGGCCCUUCAGAAAUUGUUUAAUUCCGUCAUACUCGAAGGACAAACGCCACAAGCGUGGCACAGAAGUGUGGUGGUAUUGUUUUUCAAAAAGGGUGAUAACACCCUGCUGAAAAACUACAGACCCAUCUCACUUCUGAGUCAUGUCUACAAGCUGUUUUCGAGAGUCCUAACGAAUCGCCUUGCACGCAGGUUAGACGACUUCCAGCCUCCCGAACAAGCCGGUUUCCGAAAAGGCUUUAGUGUAGUAGACCACAUACAUACGCUGCGGCAGGUUAUACAGAAGACCGAGGAGUAUAAUCUACCUCUUUGCUUGGCGUUUGUGGACUAUGAAAAAGCCUUUGAUUCGAUCGAGACCUGGGCUGUACUGCAGUCUCUCCAGCGGUGCCAAGUAGACUACCGGUAUAUUGAAGCGCUGAAGGGUUUGUACGAAAACGCCACCAUGUCAGUCCGAUUACAGGAUCAGACCUCGAAACCAAUACCUCUGCAGCGUGGUGUCAGACAAGGGGAUGUUAUCUCCCCAAAACUGUUCACCGCUGCAUUGGAGGACGUCUUCAAGGCUCUGGACUGGAAAGGACUUGGCAUCAACAUAAAUGGCGAGUACUUUAUCACACCUUCGGUUUGCUGA